GGACGGUGGUAUCGAGUACUUCAACACCAUCGUGGUACAGCCACACCUGAAGCUGGUCACGAACCAGGGCAGGGGUUUUCACGUGAGAUGCAGAUACCAAACGCGCGACAAAGUCGUAACGAACGAUCAGACCCACGUGUCCAUGAUGCAGUCUCUGCCGUUGCAGGCAACCGCGCCGAUGCCGGGAUGCACAAUGAAGAUCUUCAGCGGUGAUCCGACGCAGCAUCACGUGGCGGAGAAUGUGAAGAUCGGCGAUCCCUUGACCCUGGUCAUUAGCAUCGACAAACAAGAGAUGUUCGGCUUGAAGAUCUCCGAUUGCCUGGUACGCGACGGCCUUGGGUGGGGCGAGCAGCGGCUCAUAAACGACGAAGGUUGUCCGAUCGACGGCGAGAUAAUGGGACAGUUCACGUACAACGAGGACAAGACGGAGGCCCGGGUGAACUUCCAGGCGCACAAGUUCCCGUAUACGGCGAGCGUGUAUUAUCAGUGCAACGUUAGGCUGUGCGUCAAGCAUGGCGGAGGAUGCAGUAAUACGCCGCCGUUAUGCAAUUCGAUAGCCAGACGACGCAGGGACACCGCGAACAACGACGAGGUGAAGGGUGUCGAAGGCCUGGAGGGCACUCCGGCUACGAUCGAAGUGUACAGCGGUCUUUACGUCAACGAGGCCUCGGACAUUGGUUCUAAGUCGGACUUCUCCGACGACGUCUUCCGAGAAAGGGCUAUCGAUGACCCGAACACCAUUUGCAUAUCGCAGAGGAGUUUCGCUAUCGGGAUCGCUGUCGCUGGUCUCAUACUCAUGCUGGCGGUGGUGGCCGCCAUCCUAGUACUGCUCGCCAAGAGACGGCACAAGACCGUGUCCACGACGGGCUCGUCCAUCUACAGUGGACCGUAUACGAACACCGCUUACAGCCACAGUAGCUAAGUCCGCCUCGUUCGGCGCGGAAUUGAGAUGCCCGAGAUAUUCCCCCGACCGAAGAUACCGAGGAUAUCCAUGUCGCCGCGGCUUCCGCUCGCAGGGAAUCCACAGCGGCGCGAGAUUUCGCAACGGGUCUAAUUCUCGGGCAGGCUCGAUCGACGAAGAAUUAAUUAGAUUUUUAGUUGCUUUCGAUUCCGCGAGAUCGAUUUUUCGCGGCGACGAUCGAAGCCAACCGGCGUGGCGCCGAGGUUCGACAAAGCGAAACGAACGAAACGCGGAAUUUCUUGCUCAACUGUUGACGUACCCGCCUGUACCCCCUUUCGAUGUUUCGCAACCGACGACCUCGACCAAGUAAUGGCGAUGUUUCAAGGGUAUUUAGGGAACUGACGAUGCAGUUCGAUCCUGGAUAUCAGUCUCUUCUAUCUCUUCCUUCCUCACACUGUCCUCAUAUCAUCUUUUCGGAACGGAAAGGUUUUACACCUCUUCGUAAUUCACAUAAAACUGAAUCCGUAGAACGAAGAAUUCACGUUUCCAGUUUCUGUUGUGAAGAAAAAUACUCGAACGAAUAAAUCACAUGUUUGACAGGAUAUUAUUAAAAGAAGAAAAUGAAAAAAAGAUACAAAAUUCCUUGUGCAAUCAAAAUUACAGCGCGUUACAAGCAAUAUUAUAGAAAAAAAUUAGUUAUUAUGUAUUCAUAUAAGAGGAAAAGAUAUAUUUUGUAUAUGAAAGAAAGAUUUAAUUUGUACAUCGGUACUUUCUACGCGCGAAUUCCAGCGCAUUAUUGGGACCUGUUUUGGAACAGAAUUACGAACUUCUAGCUUCGAGAACAAUCCCUGUAAUUUGCUACUGAAAUCAUCGCGCUUGAGGUAGUAAUUAUUCCGUCCGAGUUAUAUAUACAUAUAUAUAUUUUUUAGUGAAACUCUGCUCCGAUCGCGAACGUUUAAUCGACAUGGCUCAUUCCGUCGAGAGUUGCAUCAUUCUAAUAUAUAUACAUAUAUAUAUAUAUAUAUAUAUAUAUAUAUCUAAUAUACUAUGCUGUACACUAGUCCGGUAUACGCUGUCCUACCUAACACAUAUCUAUCGCACUAAACACAGCGCGUGCGCGAAAACAACAGUCGCGGUGGUCUCUCGACGAUUUGAUACAAUUGUCGCGCGCGAACUCACUCCAGCUAGAUUUAAGCCCGAGUCAACGCUACGCGUGAACUUCUCAAAUAACUUAAUCAAAUACUCCGGUGAUCCCUCCCUCCCUUCUCGCGUGCAAUCGUUGACGUUUUCGACGCCGAUAUUUUUGCGCUUUGCUCCGAUGCGAUUUCUAAUUUUAAAUUCUCCUUCGAAUGAAAAAAACAAAUCCACGUGUAUGCGUGAAUAUUUUAGAUCAUUCACACAUGACGUAAUAUACAUGUGUAGAGAGAAAGAUAUUUCCGAUCGCGUAUAUAUUAAUUCAAAAAAUCGCUAGCAGUAGUCAAAUACGAAAUUGUCGAAUCUUUUUUUUUUUUAAUUGAUCUUAAUCCUUUCAGUGUGGGAUUUCGAAAUACAAAAGUGGGCCUAAAAUAUUUCCGUAUAUUUGAGUAAUAGUUUAUGUAUAUAUAAGAAAUUAUUGAAUACGAAUUUGACUUCUCUGACCUUCAAAUCUCAAGAUGGCGGAUUGAAUAUAGCAAAAAAUUUUGCAAAAUUAGUGUAAAACAGAUUUUUUUAAAAGCAAAUUUAAAAAUCUUAAUGUUAAAUUUAUAUAUAUUCGUAUCCUCUUUUAGUACAAUUAUUAAAAAAAAUCAUCACAAUAAAAUACUUUAAAUUGUUGUGAUUCCUGAAAGCGCAAUUUUGAACUUAAUUUUAGUAAAUUUUAAAAUUUCUAGUAAUUUGAAAUUUUCAAAAACUUUUAAGAAAUAAUU